UUGUGUUACGUGCAUGCGAGUAUUGUAUGGGCUUUCCAGAAAGUGUUGCUAUACCUUCAGUGUUGGCAGCUCCAUGUGAUUGCAAGUAGUGAAUGUUCAUGUCUCCCAGGACAAGCUUGUUUAACACUCUGCCUACAAACGAUAAGACCACGGUAUUGAUGUCAUUAUUAAAGGGACCAAAGCAGCAGAGGUUCGUUGCUUCCCCGAGGUACACUGCGAGGGAGAACUCAUACAAACUGUAUUUACUCCAAGAGAGUGCUGUAUUGAGAAUGCUAUCGGUGUGUCAUACGACUACAGUGGACAGAUUGAGAAAUGCCACACUUGUGAAGUGUUAGGAUGGAGGAAAGCUCACCUGUAUGCCGUAGAAAAUACCAAUGUUUCGUUCAUAUUUGGAAAUCUGAGAGGUGCUGCUGAGAACCAGUAUCUUUUGAAAGUGGAAUAUGUCUCCAACGAAGCAAAUGCUGACGUUAUCAAAGACAGUCAUUUGACUGAAUUUCGUAUAGUGCACAUGAUAUAGAGGUGAAGUCAGGCUACCUACAUACAACAGUAGUGGCAGGUACACUGCCAAGAACACCACACUAGGAUGGCACAACGGCUCCCUGCAUCCCUCGGCGAAGCACAAUCAUUAUCCUGAAGAGGUCACCCUGCAUGUCAUUGUUCCAGCGGUGAGUUUUGAGAGGAGUAACUACAGCAUCGAGUACUCUGAGAACCUGGCAGUUACUGUCUGUCUCUCCUACGACAACACGGGAGGAGGCACGCCCAGUUCAGCGUCAACGUCUCGGUUACUGGACAAGGCUACAGUGCCAGAGGUGCUGCAAUUGGAGGAGAGUGCAGAUUGCCUGACACUCUCCAGUGACUCUACCGCCACUGCACAAAGCAAAGUAUCCCUGCUAGACCAGACCAGACCAGACGUCAUCUUGUCUCCGAUGAUAUCCACAUCAAAAGCUCCUGCUCCGUACUUUCUGCUACUCUGCAGUCUCCUCCCUUGGCAAGGGACAAGGGCAGCAGAUGUUCGUUGCUUCCCCGAGGUACACUGCGAGGGAGGACUCAUACAAACUGUAUUUACUCCAAGAGAGUGCUGUAUUGAGAAUGCUAUCGGUAUGUCAUACGCCUACAGUGGACAGAAUGAGAAAUGCCACACUUGUGAAGUUAUAGGGUGGAAGCAGGCUCACGUCUAUGCCAUUGAAGACUCUGUCAUUUCAAUCCCGUUUGGAGCAAACAGAGGUGCUGCGGAAUCACGAUACAUUUUCAACGUGGAAUACAUCUCCAACGAAGCCAACGCCACUAUGCUUGACCAGGGAGAUUUGAUUUCGAUUGUAUACAGUGCCAUUGAUAUAGAGGUGAAAGUCAGGCUACCUAGAUAUAGCAGUAGUGACAGGUACACUGCCAAGAACACCACACUUAGGAUGGCCAAACAGCUCCCUGCAAACCUCAGUGAAGCACAAUUCAUCUAUCCUGAAGAGGUCACCCUGCAUGUCAUUGUUCCAGCGGUGAGUAUUGAGAGGAGUAGCUACAGCAUCGAGUACUCUGAGAACCUGGCAGUUCCUGUCUGUCUCUCCUACGACAAUACUGGAGGAGGCCACGCCCAGUUCAGCGUCAACGUCUCGGUUACUGGACAAGAUGGUGGUUUUUCCAAGACACACAGAUUUGGCUUCACCGCACACUCUGGAAGUUCUUGUGACUCUGUCUCUCUCCCUCUCUCUGCCAUCCACGACCCCUUCACUGACACCGUCUUCUCAGUUGCCAUAGUACACCAGGACCAGCCUCCAUUUGAUCUGGGACCUAAUUCUAGUGUCAGUCUUACCGUCAAAGCUCUGAUAGCCCUGUCCCCAUCUGGUACUGUAAUCACAGUGAAGUUGGUUGAGACCGCAUCCAACGCCAUCAUUGACGAGAGGAAUUAUACCAUCACGUAUCCUACCUCUACACUAACUCCUAUUGCAACACCUACUGAACCAGUUAAAGAUUUUCAAUAG